UGUCAAAAAUCAAAAUGCUUUGACAUCAGACAUUUGUUGUAUUUACUAUCCUUGGUAAAAAUUCGUUUUUUAGCGGUGGAUUUUAGUUUCUUCAUAAAAUAUGGCUCGUCAAGAGAUUUCUUGCGGCUUAGAAUAUAUAAUCGCUCCUGACUUACAAGCAUGUCUAUUGGAAGCGUUGCAAGCCGGUUAUGCAUUUAUCGUUUUACCGAUUAUCCACCCACGUUUUCGGCGGUCGCAUUUGCCGUCCGGUGGACUGGUGGGAGGCUUUACGAGAUCGGAUAUGAUACUAUCACCACAAGACUGGAACAGCAGGAUUGUUGGAAGGCUAUCACAUUAUUUAGAUCCUGACUCGGAAUCUCCAGUUGUCCGCCAACGUCAUGAGGAUUGUCUAAAUGAAGAACUUGCGUAUUGUCGAGGACUCGGACUUUCCGCCUUGAUGUUGAAUUUGCAUUCAAGAAACGUAAAUAACUUAGCUAGGAACUUGCAUACGUACCUGGAGUCAAGCCAUCACCCAUCACUCAUUUGGGCCUGUGUGCCAAUGAUUUGCCAAAGAACAGUGAAAGCAAAUAAGUCAGAAGAAAAUGACAAUGUUGAGGUUUGGAAUGAGCCUUGGUAUUGGUGGACUAUGUUCCAUGAGCGCAUGAAUUGGGAUAAGAGAAUAGGUCUGGUAGUGGAAAUACCAGCUGAUUUGCCUCCACAGGAUGUUCUAAAACGGUGGCUUGGAGAACCAAUUAAGGCUAUAAUUGUACCUACUUCUCUCUUCCAUAAAAACAAGAAUGGAUAUCCAGUUUUGUCAAGACCACAUCAACAAGUAAUUGUGAGUAUGGUGGAACAUGACGCACAAGUGAUUAUAAGUGGAGCAAGGCGUGCAAACAUUGAGAACUAUUUGCAAUAUAUGCAUAGAUUGUGGAAGAGAAAGCCACAUGUUGUUGAUGAUCCUAUGUUUACUUAUGCUAGAGGAUGGGAAGAUUAUCUGCAAAUACCUCUGCAGCCUUUAGCAGACAAUUUAGACACUCACACAUACAAUGUUUUCGAAAAAGAUCCCAUCAAGUAUGACCAGUACCAAAAAGCGAUUGCUCAAGCACUGACUGAUCUUCAAAAGAAAAGGAAAGAAAAUAGCAUUAAUAAUGAAAGCAACACUGAAAUAAUUAAUACUAGUACAAGUGAACAAUCUGAAACUGGACAGGGUGAUGGCGCAAUCAAAGAAAGUAAAAGAGCAAUCACUGUAAUGGUAUUGGGUGCAGGCCGAGGUCCACUUGUGAGAGCCACACUAAAUGCAGCGGAUAUCACUAAUAGCAAAGUAAAAGUAAUAGCAGUGGAGAAAAAUCCAUGUGCAGUGGUGGUUCUUGCUGCACAAGCUAGGGAAAUGUGGCGCGACCGUGACGUCACUGUCAUUCCGGGGGACAUGAGGCAAAUCAACCUCUCGCCUAAAGCUGACAUUAUAAUUUCGGAACUGUUAGGAUCAUGGGGAGACAACGAACUCUCGCCUGAAUGUUUAGAUGGGGCAGCGGGGCUCUUGAAAAGUGGUGGUAUUUCUAUUCCAAGGGAAUACACUUCAUACGUCGCCCCCAUAUCCUCGGCGCGGCUGUGGGCGGCCGCGCGGACGGCAACUUUGCUCAACUCGCAGAAAAUGGAGAAGAAUCUUGAAACUCUUUGGGUGGUUUAUAUGCAGAAUAAGCAUGACAUUGGUGAGAUUAAACCAGUGUUUACCUUUGAACAUCCUGCAAAAGGUAUGAAAAAUCAUGAAGGACAAGACUUGUCAGAUUACAGAGGUCUGCCACUGACUGAUAACAGAAGAUCAACAACUAUCAGCUGGGAGGUUCAACAGGACAAUGUCAUGCAUGGUUUCGGUGGUUACUUUGACUGUUUAUUGUAUGGCAAGGAAAUGAUAAGCAUAGUACCGUCCACACAUAGCCCAGGAAUGAUAUCAUGGUUUCCCAUUUUUAUACCAAUUAAGACCCCCUUAAGAGUCCAAAAAGGUGAUAAAAUAAAAGCAACAUUUUGGCGUUGUAUGAAUCCUCGUAAAGUAUGGUAUGAGUGGAUUGUGGAAGUCGGCAACAAAACAACUCCACUCCAUAAUCAGAAUGGACGUAGUUCAGAAAUGUUAUUAUGAUUCAUUUCUCAAAAGUGAAAAAUGCCUUCUGUAUCUUACGAAAUAAUAAUAAAUACAAAAUUUCAUAUUGAAUU